AUGGCCUCAGCAUUCUCCCGCCUGGGCCUGGCCACCCUCUUCCUUGGCUUUGCAGCGGCCCAGCGCCAGAUCGGACCGGCCGAAAAUCAUCCGGCCCUGACGACAUGGCGUUGCACCAAGGCCGGCGGCUGCACUGAGGUCAAUAACUUCAUCGUCCUCGACUCCCUCGCCCACAACGUCUACCAGGAAGCUAACGGCGCUUCUUGCGGCUCCUGGGGCAACCCGCCCAACGCGACGGCGUGUCCGACGAAGGAGGCUUGCGCCGAGAACUGCGUCCAGGAGGGCCUCGAUGACUACAGCCGUGUGGGCGUCACCACCGAUGGUAGUGCCAUGACCAUGUACCAACUUCGAAACGGCGCUCAGGUGUCUCCACGCGUGUAUCUUCUUGAUUCUUCCAAGGAGAGGUACGAGAUGAUGCACUUGACGGGCAAGGAGUUCACCUUCGAUGUGGAUGUUUCGAAGCUUCCGUGCGGUAUGAACAGCGCGCUGUAUACCUCCGAGAUGGAGGCUGAUGGCGGAAAGAGCGCACUCAACAAGGGAGGCGCUUUUCACGGAACGGGAUACUGCGAUGCGCAGUGCUAUACCACGCCGUUCAUCAACGGCGAGGCCAACAUUGAGGGCUAUGGGGCAUGCUGCAAUGAGAUGGAUAUUUGGGAGGCCAACUCGCGGGCGGCACAUUUGGCACCACACCCUUGCAACCAGACCGGAGUAUACCUUUGCGAGGGCGAAGACUGUGCUUUUGAAGGUGUCUGCGACAAGAACGGCUGUGCCUGGAACCCGUACCGGGUCAACACCCCGGAAACAUACGGCCGCGGCCCGGACUUCAAGGUAGAUACCACGCGCCCCUUUACCGUGAUCACGCAGUUCCCCGCCAACGAGGCCGGCGUUCUCACCGAGAUUCACCGGCUGUACAUCCAGGACGGGCGUUUGAUCCGCAGCGAGGUGGUCAACAACCCGGACCUGCCGCAGGUCAACUACCUCAACGACGAGUUCUGCGAGGCGACGGGGUCCCGUCGGUUCAUGGACCUCGGCGCGCACCAAGAAAUGGGCGAGUCGUUUGACCGCGGCAUGGUUCUCGCGUUCAGCAUCUGGUGGGACGAAGGCGGCGGUAUGAGGUGGCUGGACGGCGCACCCGAGGCCGGACCGUGCGAUCAGACGGAGGGUUUCCCGGCGAACGUGGUCAAGGUCGAGCCAAACCCUGUCGUGACGUUUAGCAACAUCAAGUGGGGAGAGCUCGGGUCGACGUUCAAGCCUCAGUGCAAGAACAAGCCUAGGAACUUGUGA